CUUCCCCGACUCAAAAAAAACCCCCCCAGUAGCUCCAUCUCGAGGUCCAGCUCUAAGCUACUCAUACCACCCUCCCAACAGAUCCCCAGCGCAUGCACCCGCGCAAACGGAUAGUCCACUCAUAAUGGCUGACGCCGACGAAGCAGCCAUCCACCUGCCCUCGCAGGAUGCGUCGGCGCACAUCGAAAUCGACCUCUCCGACGAGACACAGGACUUCCGCAUGCUAAGCAACAUAUCCUUCCUAACAGAUGGCUCCCAAGCAAGCAUCCCCAAACGCGGCGAGAAGGACUUCGAACCGAACCCGACCUUAUACCAGGCCGAUAUCCUCUCCGCCUCGCGACAGGCGAUGCACCACGCCCUCUCGCACCCGCGCAUCCACCACCCCAAGAACCAGAUCGUGGGGGUGUAUGCGCCUGACGGGCCGGCUCCUCCCCCGCAACGAACUACUACAUCAGUGGGGGGGCUAGAGUCGAUUGCGGAGGGGUCAGGGCCUGCGCCUGCGGAACCAUCACCCACGACAAUCACGACGAUAGGCAACGUCCACCCCGACGCCUGCGUUUACGUCGCGAACCCCAAGUCCAAUCUCUUCAAAACGAUCGGGCAGGCGGACCGAUGGAAUCGCAUCUGGCUGCUUCCGGAAGAGGCGUUGUUUAUGCUGGAGCGAGGGAGUUUGAAUAUCCGGUGGCCGCGGUCGGAGGUCGGUUUUGACGAGGAGGAGAUGGAUGGGAAUGGGGUUGAAGACUCGGGAAUCCCGAUGAGUUUGCAGGCUGCGUAUGCGGCGUUUGCAUCUCGAGGCGGGCUGAAUAGUGAGCGGUUCUCGGUGUACACGGGUCUGCGCCGGUUGGGGUAUACGAUCACAAGGGCUCCGGGGUGGGAUGAUGAUGCGGAGGAUACGACUGGCGAUGACGAGUCGACAUGCAAUGAGAAUGCCAGACAGCAGGGCGGUGGUGCUGGGUUGGUUGGUAUUUACUCGAGGUUCAUUAACUGGCUUUGUCCCCCGAGUACGAAUACGGCGUUGGGGCCUGUUGCGGGAGUUGGGUUUCACCGCAGUUAUGAUGACAUCUAUAGCAAACUGUCGAUUAUCCCCUGGUACGACCCGACUGCGACUCCCAAAGCAGAGAGGUCUCGUGCGCAAGCGCCCUACCGCGUUGUAUUCCACGUCUACAAACCCUCGACCCCGUUCAAGAAGUCUGCGCCUCCAGCCCCGGAUUUCCGCAUCGCCGUGGUGAACGCCCGCGCGCACACCUCCGUUCCCACCAUGUCGCAGCUGGGGGCGCUGCUCGAAAGCACCCCCUUGGACCCGCCCUCGAGCGAGAAGAUGAGCCGGCAGAUGUACAUGCGCCUGCGCCACGGAUACCGGAACGUGAUCCUGGCAGUUGUGGACGAAGGCGUUGUGAGCUACCUGCGGAUCUCGGAGGCAGCCUUUGGCAAGGAGAAACUUUACAAACAGAAGGCGUUGGGGAAUAAAAUUCAACACCGUCCGAAGCCGAAGGGGCGUUGAAUCUGUGUCAGCCAUCGCCUUUACAGAAGUUUACUGCUACCUGCAAUGCUUGGGUGCGAGCAUGUAUGUCUCCCCGUUGGGAGGAAUUCUCCACGUCGGACCCCAAGAUCCAGAGAUGGAUGGAUGGGGGCUGCAACAGGGGAUAUAGGUGAAUCUGCCAUCAUCUUUAGGGCAUCCGUCUAUUAUUGACAGAGCGGAUGCAGAUGCUCAGAUGGCUUCCGGUGCUGACCGGAGGGUGGCGGAGGCAGGCUGAGAGGGAAUGCGCCACUGUAGAAAUUGCUUGGUAUAUCAGUAAUAUCAACACAGGCCCUGCAAGCAACGCCGCCACUCUAUUGUAUAGCCUAUAUCUCAGACCCAGCCAAAAAGCAUGGACAUAAUCCGCAACUCC